AUUGGCUGAAUAUAGGAGCCCAGAGCAGUUUGACAUCCUCCCGAAUAUAUGCAGCCUGUUAGAUAUUCCCUGCUAAGUCAGUGACUUCCAUGCAUUGUCAGAGGGAAUAUAUGAAGGAGGAAGUGGAGGAGUGUGCUGAAGAUGAGGCGACUGAAUCGGAAGAAGACCUUGAAUUUGAUGAAAGAAUUGGAUGCCUUUCCAAAGGUUCCUGAAAGCUAUGUGGAGACUUCAGCGAGCGGAGGCACAGUUUCUCUGAUAGCAUUUACAACGAUAGCUUUCCUGACUAUAAUGGAGUUCACAGUGUACCGGGACACAUGGAUGAAAUACGAAUAUGAAGUAGACAAGGAUUUUACUAGUAAGUUAAGAAUCAAUAUUGAUAUUACAGUUGCCAUGAGGUGUCAAUAUGUGGGGGCUGAUGUUCUGGAUUUAGCAGAAACAAUGGUUGCUUCUGCAGAUGGGCUAAUCUAUGAACCAGUAGUAUUUGAUCUCAGCCCGCAACAAAAAGAAUGGCAAAGGAUGCUACAGCUAAUUCAGAGUAGGCUUCAGGAAGAACACUCUCUUCAAGAUGUGAUAUUCAAAAGUGCUUUUAAAAGCGGUUCCACAGCACUGCCGCCACGGGAAGAUAACUCAUUACAGUCUCCAGAUGCAUGCAGAAUUCACGGUCAUCUCUAUGUCAAUAAAGUGGCAGGGAACUUUCACAUAACUGUGGGCAAGGCAAUACCACACCCUCGAGGCCAUGCACACUUGGCAGCCCUUGUAAGCCACGAGUCCUAUAACUUCUCUCAUAGAAUAGAUCAUUUGUCAUUUGGAGAGCUUAUUCCUGGAAUUAUUAAUCCUUUGGAUGGAACAGAAAAAAUAGCAUCAGAUCACAACCAGAUGUUCCAAUAUUUUAUCACAGUUGUGCCAACCAAACUCCAUACGUAUAAAAUUUCAGCAGAAACUCAUCAAUUUUCGGUGACAGAAAGGGAAAGAGUAAUUAACCAUGCAGCUGGCAGCCAUGGGGUGUCAGGAAUAUUCAUGAAAUAUGAUAUCAGUUCACUUAUGGUGACAGUGACAGAAGAACACAUGCCUUUUUGGCAGUUCUUGGUGAGGCUCUGUGGCAUUAUUGGGGGAAUUUUUUCAACUACAGGAAUUUUACAUGGCUUUGGAAGAUUUGUAGCAGAAGUUAUUUUUUGCCGUUUCAGACUGGGCUCUUACAGAUCCACAUCAGUCCCACUUCCUGAUGGCCACACAAACAACCACUUACCUCUAAUUACAGACAAUAGUACGCAUUAGCCUCCUGAGAAAACUUUCUUUCUGCCUGAUACAGAAGACGUUUUUGUUUUUGUUUUUUUUAUAAUAAAGAAAACAUUGUGCAAUAUGCUGAGGCAGUGCUGAUGGGCAGCAAAAAGCGAAGCCUUUACAAAAAAAAACCCCAACCAACCAAGAAAACAACUUGUGUAAUUUUUUUUGUCUUUCUAAGUGCACAUGGAGUCAUAGGAGGUUGUCAGACCAGUGAGGUGGACCAACUUCUGGAGAUUAAAGGAGCGUUGCUGCCAAUGCAGUCUUCAUGGUCGAGCUGAAUGUCUUUGGGAUGACUGCCGUUGACCACUGAAGCAUCCUGGUGAUCUGUGCCUGGGUUAGCGGGCUCCAAGGAGAAGAGUACAAGUGGGAUGUGCGGAAGGGCUGGGCAGCAGGCAAAGAGGGACAGUAACAGAGCUGCGAUUUCUCUUCAGUGUACAAACUGGCGUUUGGGUUUUCUUGUUCUUUUGUAACGGUGGGGCUGGCGGCUAAGAUGCUGUUCUUACAGGUGGGGAGCGAUCCUAGAAAAUCCUGAAGAAGAGGGAGACAAGAGAGAACUCAGGGAGUAAGGUGGAGCCCAAGCCAUAAUGUUGGUCAUAGCCGCUGCCUUUCUGUAGUCCCACCAUUCCUUAGUGGAAGAAAUUUAACACGGAGCAGAAGAGUUCCUCUGUGUUUUUCCACAGCCGCUUUGCCAACAGUGAGAAUAUCGCUUCUGAAGUUGAUGUGGGAAGUGCCCAAGGGCUCUGAGAGCAUGGGCUCCAGUGUGCACAGUUUUUUUGACUUGGAAUAAGAAGCCUUUUAAAUAAGGCAUUUGACUGUAGUUUUGAUAAAAGGCAAGACUCCCUAGCAAAAGAUCAGGAAAUCUUCAUACGCCUCUUUCUUGGCAAAGAAAUUGCUUUGAUGGAACCUUUGUUGUACCCCUGCCAUGUAUGUAAAUCCUGGAGAUGGGGAGGAAAAAGAGCAAGAAGCUGCCUUGCUUUGGUUCAGCAAAAUAUUGCAGAAAUGCGGAAUUUGGGGCAGCUGGGAUGUCUGCUAGCCCAGGCAGGGAGUGGUGGAGUUGGUAGUAGGUGACUUCAGGGAAUCUGAUUCAUUUUGCUGCAGGCAGAUGAGAAGGAUCUGCAGAAUUAAUCCUUAUUGUCCAUGAAGGUUUUUGUAAAAUAAAUGAAGAGAGCAAUAUCAGUUUUAUAUUGUAAAUAUGCUACUGAGAAUGAAUGUUAUUAAUGCAGAUGGUGCUUUGAGAAACUAAACAUGCUCUUACUGCCGAACUACUGGCACACACCUGUGGUUAAACAGUUAUUCCACCAGGGUAAAAAAUUAAUAAUAUGAUUCCUUCUCAAAAAAACUGAUUUAAUAAUAUAUUAGGAGAUAAUGCUGACCCUGGCCUUACUCACCAUGGAAUGAAUAUUAUAAUUGAGAGGACUAAUUAUGGAAAAAUAAAAAUCUCUGUGGCGUUGUCAGAUUUUGCUGACUUCUGUUAAUGUACUUGAUAGAACACCUGGAUCUUGGUGAUGAGCACAGUGUAAAUAAUGUAGCUGAUUUGCUAUGCAAAGCAAAGGGCUUCCUAAGCUGAGAUAUUAUAUGAAAUAGUAAAUAAAUGUGGGAAAUGAGGAAAGACCUUUGUUCAGUUCGAUGGUUGAGAAACGGAAGUUUGAGGAAGCCAGGUCUUUGGGGUUGACGGCCAGGUUUGCGGUUUUCUCUUUCGUGUGGUUUUGUUUUGUUUUGUUUUAACACUGAUUAGAACUCCAGCAACUUGAGAAACUCUUGUCCUCAAUGAGCAAGAAAAUCAAAAGCUGUAAAUUUUUGGUUCCUAUUUCUCUUGGGCAUUUCCCUCUGAGGUUUCUCCCCUACUUCUGCUCGGACUGGUUCUGCUUUGGGCUUUGUCCUAACACUUCUUUCUUAGCUGCCUGGAACAGACUGUGCUGGUGGGAGAUACUGAUCUCUGUUGACUUUCUGUACCAGAACUUAAAUGUUGUUUUCUAUUCUCACAUAAAAGAGCCAAGCAGCUCAGUGUGUCUUAAAUCCUUGUGUGGCGUAUUUGUGGUCUUCUGUCAGAGCAAAGCUUGUGUGGCGGCUGGUUGCUGAUGGAAGAAAGUUUGGGAUCGACUUCCAGAUGUGAGAUGCUACAUUGUGGAGUGAACACAGGAUCAGCUGCGUGUGUGCUGCUGUGCUGUUUGCUUUCUCUCCACAGAGGGUUUGGCUGUUACAGCUCGCACUGCGUGCCCUUGUGCCACGUGUUGUCAUUAGUUCAACCAGCGUGUGCAAGGGAGUUCCAGAGAAAAUAGCAGUUUGUUGCAGUGACUUUUUUUUGUCACAUGUUUGUUUACAUUGUGUAAAAGUGAGCGUAGUACGGAAAAAUGAAAGGAAUGGGUGUCUCAAGGGAAACGGAAACCCUGAUGCGAUGAGUGUUUUCUGAAAGGGGGAUAGUAGAUGAAAAAUACCCAUUGCGCCAUCAGAAAAGAUGGUCAAAUUACAUAUUUUUAUCUUUGGCUCUUACAAGAUGUUGAAGAGAGAGAAUACAUGGGGAGGAAAUUUUUAACCUUCAUAAGGUACGUUUGUAGCAUGCCAUUUGCAGACUACUCUGACUCCCCUGCCCCCCUCAGCUGUCUUUCCGGGGCAAAAAGUCUUUCCCACUUCCAUCUGGCAUGGUUUGAGUUUUGCUUUGCUGCUACCAUGCUCUCAUGGGCUUUAGGUUGUGUUAGCAGGGGCGCGGUUGCCUUGACUUCUUCCGAGACCUGGAAUGCUGUGCCUGCAUGUGGGUGUCCCCCGGGUCCCUGGAGCUGCACCCCAGUGUCAUGGAAAGCUGGUGCCAGCCCCAAGAGGUGGGGAGGGGAUGGGAGCAGGUAUUUCUCAAGUAAUUCUGUUGCUUUUAGGGCUCUAGAGGAAAUGCUGAGCUGGGUUUUUAAGAGGACAGACCACCUUCAGCCCUGUCGCCUGCAAGCCGGAAUUCACACGGCGUUGACAAGGAGUCACUGUAAAAUGUCUGAGUUAAGAUGACGCACUUCACUACUGUGUUUCUGGAUGUAUUUUGCAAAAGAUUUCUGAUUAGAGAAAGAAAAAAGCAAGGAUGUAGCCAGCCCAGGAGUUUGGUAAGGGCACUUGCUUGCUUUGUAGUACAGCAGCAGAGGGGACGAGAUGUUUCGGUGGGCCGGGGAGGCCGUGCAGGGCAGCUACCUGGUCUGUGGAGGAGACAGCAAGAGCAAGCUAGCAGGGUAAAAACUGAAGACGUGAUCAAAAGCCACAGUUGCGAGAGAGAAUUCUGGGGGGGGAAGAGUUGAUCAUGAGCUGACCUAAGGAGUAAAUUCACAUAAUACAUAAUAUCACUCGUCUAGAAGACAGCAUUGUGCUCUUGAGUCAUGUGGGAGGUGCUGUGUUGGGUGUAGGUGAACAGCGUGACAGGGGAAGUUGGGCUGUGAUGGAUCCUACUGUACGUUGUGGCUACCAUCUUCAUGCUGCCCAUUGCUCUGUCUUACCACCUUCUCUGGGGUGUGCAUUGGUGCCUAGUGCGGGACAGACCACGAGAAGAGAGUGAAGUGGGUGUAUGAAUGGAAAUUGCCCUACUUCAGGCUCUUUUCAUUUUCUGCCCCAGCUUUUCUAGCAGAUGUUUUGGGGUUCUCGCUGGUGGGGAGGUGAGGAAGAAAUGCAUGUGUGUCUGUAGCAGGAGAGGGGUUGGGUUAGCCGAUGUAGCAAGCUUUCUUUAAAAAAGCAAACCCCAGCUGCUCUUCACUCCCCUGAAAUUCUCAUCCUAGAAAUAGAUGAGUAAUUUGAAAGAAAAUCCAGCUAUUUCCACCUCAAAAGCACCCUGGUGGGGACCUGCACUGUGGGUGCAGUGCCCGGCCUUUCUCUGCAGCUGCUGGCUCUGCCCCAGGUGGCUGCUUGUGUCCAUGGGGUGGUCCGUGGCGGGACAGGGAGACGUGCCGGUGAAGUCAGUCCUACACGGAGCUGGGCAAGGACUCUCCCUCCUCUGCCUUGCCCUGCCCAAGAUCCUCUUAAGCUUUUCAGGGACCAAUUUGACAAACUGAGCCCUAAGCUGUCAGCAUAGUUGCUUAGGAACAAUCAGAGGCAGAUACACAUUUGGUGUAAAUGCAACUGUGAUUAACUGUACAGACCAAGCCAAGGUCGGGGAGGCAGCUGUUGCCUUGUUCUGCUGUCAGGUUCUUUGCGAAGAUCCAGCACGGAGGAUGUCUUGCAUAACUUGGUACUGGUGCAGUAACAUUGAAGCAGGAGGGAUGCAAACAACUUGGUCACAUCUCUGGUGGCAUUGAUGAUACUAAAACUCCCUGCUCUCUCUCUUUGGAGGUAACCAAGCACUGCAGCUUUUUUCUGGGAAGAUGGGAAAUGAGAACAGGUUGUUUGGGGAUACUUGCAAAGAUCUCUGUUUUUAAAAGGCACCCCAGAAGGCAGGGGCGUGGGAGGAUACAUCUACUACACACAUUGCCUACUCGGGUUGGUGCUUAGUUGCAAAGUUACUUCUGGUAGAGACACUUUUUUUCCUACCAACACUCAGUUAAUGCAAAUCGUGUCUAGUAUUUGGCCUUGUCAGUUGCUUAGAGAAAAUGUCCUUGCCUGCAUAAUAGUUAAUGUAUAGAAGUUAAUGCUUCAAGAAGCCCUAAGGGACUCUGCCUGCUGCCUUUGGUGCCCUGGCAAAGGUUUGGCAUUGUAGGUCUGUCCGCCUGCCCGUGCAGGCCACAUUACAGCACUGGCAUGCAUGUCAGCUGGCUUAGUUAAGAUGACAUGAAAUGCUUCAUCUUUUCUGUUUGCCAUGGCUUAGUGUCCUUUCCAAAGCGUUUCUGGUUGCUGCUGGCCCAGGAGCAAGGUGGCGUCACCUUUUCCUGCCUUCCAGAAGACCUUUCUGAGAGCUGGUCCAUAAAUUCAUUAGAGCAGAAACCUUGAAAGCUGGGUGGUGCAGCGUGCUUUCUGCAGGAGAGAGCUGGAGGCACGGUCUGCGAACGUGAGCCUCUCCCUGGCUUCGACAUACCAGAAUUCAGGCAAAAUCUUACUGUGAGUUGGUUGUUUUCUUUUUUUGUUCUGUGGGUAUCAAUAGAAAUGUUCAGAGUCCCAGGAGCAGCAACUUGAGGUGUAAAAAACAGAAAGCCAGACACGCUGGUGGCUUUCUGACCUCCCCCAGGAAGGAUGAUCCCUGCUCCUCUCUGGGCCAAGGCCACCGGAGUCCUCUCAGCAGGAGCCUCCACC